GAAAGUUGCUGAUAGUGAUGAUUCUGAGACCUUUUGCAUCCCUUCAUGACAAUCUGAGCUCAGUCUUCUGCCCCCUGGUGGACAUCUUUUGCACUACAAUCAUUUUGACAUCACAGUAAUAAACGCCACCCACCAUGCAGCCGGAGCUGGGGCUUCACUCUAGGUCACCAGAUAAUGGAGUCAAAGCUGAAACAUCUGUAGGUGACUUAAACCCCAUUCGGGCCUCCAGGACUCACAACGAGCUUCACAAAGAACUGCUACUGGCUCACAAAAAGGGCCUGGUGCUGAGUAGCAGGUCCGAACUUCAGCAGGUGCUGGAGAGGAGGAAAAGGGUGCAGAGCAGUCAGCACGAGGAGGGGCCGAGCAGGACUCCUUUGCAGGACAUGCUGCUCAGACGACAGCAGAAACAACUUGAGAUGAAGAAGGAGCAAGAUGAGGAGACACGAGGAGAAGCCCAGCUGCUGGAGUUCUUCAGAGUCCGACAGAACCUGAGAAAGAUCCACUCAGUCGUCCCGGACAAGGCUGCAAACUCUGCUGUAGAUUAGUACAGCCAAUGUGUAAAAUACUGGAAAAUAAACACUUCAUGCACACCUUUUUAAAGGAAAACAGUGAGUAACAGAUGCUUAUGUAUGGAGAGAAAUUAGACUCAAUAAUGUCUACAAAUCUAUAAACCAUUUUGCAAGUAACUUUGGAUUUUUGCAAAUGUGUGUUCGAAUCCACACACAAAUAUCAAUACAUAAAAUAACUUCACACACGCACAUAUCGCAAACUACACGAACUUGGACAUUUUACACACAGUUUUUUUUUUUUUUACCUUCAACCUCACAAAUGUGAUAAUUUUCAUGCUAAAAAAAAGUUCUGGUGCAAAUAGUUGAAUGCGUGUUCAGGCACCUCCUGAGGAUCAGAUUGCAUUUGUGCACAGAUCAACUGAGUUCGUGUGGAGUUUUGAGACUUUUAACCUCACACACACAUGGGGCGGAGCUAGAGGGGUGUCCAGGAUAGGGGUUGCCCACCUAUGAAAUCUGACUGGACACCCUAGGUGCCAUCUAAGGUCACUGACAGGACAUUGGAGGAGGAGACCUGCAUGGAUCACCGGUAUCUCUACACCAGUUUGAAGUGAAUUAUAAAAUAGUUUCCUAAAUAUUCAUCCCUUAAAAAAAUUGACAUGGUUACGUGUUUCUAGAAGAGAUUUUUUCCCCCUUACAGGUACAAUUACUCAUGUAAUGUAAGGCUGAUGUUAGCUUGAAGCUACGUAGCAGUCCUAAUCUAGUUAUAUGCUAGUACUAGAUUAGUUUUAAGCUAAUGUGGGGAAACCAGGUCAUAUUUAGUUUUUUAGUGAGUGUAUUUAGGGACUACACAUCAACUCAAUUCAUCAAGAUGCUCAAAGAGAGCCUCCGUAUCUACGUUACUUAGUGCUGACUAAGCUAGCGCUACAUGAUCCAGUUUCAUUUAAACAGGACGCUUGUAUAAAGGUAUAUGUAAAAGAUUAUAAAACAAUUAAACCAGAAUGGAAACGAUUAAACAAAUAUUUUGUUUAAAAUAAUCAUAAGUACAUAAUUAAACAAGUAAAACAGAUAAAAAUAAUAGAAAUACUAAAAUA